AUGGCCAAGCAGAAACCCUCGUUAUGGAGAGCGCUCCGAGCGCUUGCCUUCAUUGUAUCAAUCCCUCUACUCAUACAGUACCUUGUCCUCAAAUGGUACAGCACGUCACAAGUUACACCCACGCCAGCGCUACAUGAAGCUCAUCACGAGACAAAUCUCACAGUUUGGGAGGUCUUGAGUAACGAUGACCGCGUUUCCAAAUUUGUCGAGAUUGUGGGCAAAUUGCCUGACAUCGUCCGGGGUCUCUCAGCACCACAGGCUCGCUUCACUGUAUAUGCCCCUGUAAAUGAGGCCUUUGACUCGUUCUAUUUCCCACCCGAUCCGCCACCAUUCUUUGGCUUGUUUAUCGCUGGAUGCCAUAUGGGGCCUGGGCCAAUACCAGCUGAGCGCCUUCCGACAAUGGGCACAGUUUCGUCCUUUGUCAAUGGAGACAUAUUCUUCACUUAUAAGCAGCGAAUUAGUGUACAGCAGGACAACAGUGGGCUUACACUGAAUCAGGCGGCUCGACUGCUCCCAUUGAACAAAUCGCAGUCAAUCGCCGUCAACGGGUUUAUUCAUCAUAUUGACACUGUAUUGGAGCUCCCCAACUCGACUGCUCAUGCUCUUCGUACCCGACCAGAAUUAUCAAGACUGCGACGGGGUCUAGAGGCAUCGAAGUUGUCCGAAAGUAUUUACGACACUAACGCGCACGUAUCUCAAACGAUCUUCGCCCCAACCAAUGUUGCAUUUGAUCGUCUUGGGAAAACGGCAAACAAGUUCCUAUUCAGUCAUGGAGGUAGACCUUAUCUUCGAGCUCUACUAAAAUACCAUGUCGUGGCCAACAAAACACUAUUCAGUGACUCUUAUUGGCCUCAUGGUGGAGCUAAAUUGGUGGAUCUAAGUCAACCAGAGAUGAAAGACUCUCAUCAGUUUGAUCUACCGACAUUGCACAGUAACCUCAGUAUGAAGGUUGAGAGUCGAAAGGUUCAUAAGAAGUGGCAUCUGAAUGUCUUAAAAGGCCAACUGGUUGAAGGCAAGAGCCACGAUUAUGUUUCAAUCUCAACACCUGAUAUCAUCCUCAUGGAUGGAGUCAUUCAUCUCAUCGACUCGAUCUUGUUACCUCCGGCUGUCUCGCAGCAAAAAGAGAUGUCUUGGCUAAGUCGACUUACAUCGUUAUUUGGGUACGGAAAGCAAAGUAUUGAGGACUUGGUAGACUUACUGGGUCCUUACAUUGAUGAAACUUGA